GUUGGAGCCUGGUAUUGAGCUACUAGGUAAAAUCCUUGAGCCAAAGUCUGAGCCAUCAAUAGUUGCUUCUCCGGUAGCUGACUGUGCCUACAUCAUGUUUAGAGCCGCCGUCCGACUUUCAGUGUCUGGUGCCCGGAGUUUGACACGGACACAGCUCAGGUGUACAGGUAUUGUGUUUUAUGACCUAAUUUCGUAGUUUGGGACGUUCAUGCGGAAAUCACUGUCGGCAGGCGUUCUUGGCUGGCUAGCUAACGGUAGCAUAUUGUUGCUAGCACACAAUCAGUUGCCGACGGAAAACUACAAAAUACACGUUUUCGGUGAACUACAAGUGGUAGACGUGUUAUGGAUGCGCUAUAUCACUUUUCUCCUUAAAACAAAUGUAAAGUUUGAAAGCGCGUUUUAAUAUUGAAGUGGAUUUUUAUUGGUGUCCUUGCAAUGACCGACUGCUUGAGUGAGGCUUAGGCCUGUAGCUAGCAAGUUAACUAGCUAGCUAAUGCCAUAUCCAUGGCCUGUAUUUGGCUAAUGCUAGCUAGCGAAUUAGCAUUGGCUAGCAGAUGGCUGGUCAGACAGGUGUAGCUAGUUAAAGGUUCUAGUUAACUAGCUUACGUUUGCAUAUAGACAGGAGUGGUUGUUAAACUCGAGAUGCUAGAUUGUGCUUAUAAAUCAAGGACUUGAGCUAGUACUAACCGACAGCAACUCUAGCUAGCAAACCAGCUCGGCUAACUACUUCUUAGAACUGCUGGUUAAUAGUGCAUGCUGCAUAACCCGUUUAUAGACGCUCACUGCUUUGGCGCUUAUUGACGAUGGUUCUUAUGGCCAGGGGUAUUUUGUUAAGUUCCCUGAGGCUCGUUCUGAUCAUGGGCGGCCACCUGUGCUAAUUAGCUAUGUAGCGUGCUCCACGCAUUAAAAAACAACAACAACAUUUUAGUCAUUUAGCAGACGCUCUUAUCCAGAGCGAUUUACAGUUAGUGAGUGCAUACAUCUUCAUACUGGCCCCCCGUGGGAAUUGAACCCACAACCCUGGCGUUGCAAGCGCCAUGCUCUACCAACUGAGCUACACGGGGCCACCUGUGUAAAGGCUUCAGUGCGGCUGGUGCCUAGACGAACUUAGCUAACCCAUACUCCCUUAAAAUACCUUCGGCAAUAGUACUGUUUGUCCAUGUUGAGAUGCCCUAGCCUCAAAAUAGUCCGAAUUAAUCUAAGAACUGAAAUGUGUCAUGAAUUUGUUUUUACAGAGAAGAUCUUAGUUGCACAAUUUUUACAUUUAAAAUGUUUGGUGCAGUAUUUCUCAAUGAGAAAAUGUGCAUGAAAACUAGUAGUCUCUCGUUGAAUAACAAAACUUUAUUGAAGAGUUGACCAAUCACCGAUGAAGGGGUGUAGACUUCGGCUCCGAACUUCCACCUGCCUCAAGAUAAUUUGUGCCCGAACAGCCAAAAAAAACCUUACCGAAUGAUAGAGCAGUGGAAGAAUUGUCAGUCAGGCAAUAAUUUACUGUGAUGUCAAACCUGGCUUACAUUCCCUCACCCUGAAUGGACUGUGAAUAAUUUAAGCAGUAAUGGUCCCAUGACUGCCAUCUAGCUAGGUCAUGCAAGUACACUGGCAACGAGCCAACUGGACUCUACAACCUUUCCUUUCCUAGUACACUAGGCCCGCAUUUACACAGGCAGACGGAAUUUACACAGGCAGCCCCAUUCUGAUAUUUUUUUCACUAAUCGGUCUUUUGACCGGUCAGAUCAGCUCAGAAAAAGAUCUGUGAUUUGGUAAAAACACCAAUUGAUGGGAAAAAUAUCAGUAUUGGGCUGCCUGUGUAAACACAGCACUAGUAGAUGUAGCUAAAUACCCUUGACUAGUAAGAGCCAUUUGCUUGUGCUCUGCUGCGCAGUAAAGUCAUAUCUGACUAAAAUCAUAAUAUGGCGUCAAGUGCAUCAACCUCGACAAAUUUUUUCACAAAAUACUAUUUGAGUUUGAUCAGAGUUUAGAGCAGUUAGCUGCUUUUCGUCAUUGAGCAGAGCAGCCCAAGUGAUGUCGUUGCUAUGGAUACUCAGACCCCCCCCCCCAUGUUUUGCACUGGGCUCUGAAUGUCUGUGGCAAUAAGUGCUCUCUGGCGCUGAUGAGUCUGAGGCGAUGCUCUAGUCUGACUAUAGUCUCUAUUCCCCAAGGUACAAGAGUGAGGUGCUGACAACAUUUGUCUAAUUAUCCAUGUAUCUUUUCCCGCAGCUCCCCUGGCCCAGAGGUGUUACUCCCAUGGUGGGAAGCAGGAGACUGACGAGGAGUUUGAUGCCCGCUGGAUCACCUAUUUUAAUAAGGCAGAUAUUGAUGCAUGGGAGCUGAGGAAAGGUGAGUGAGGACACCACCUGGUCAGCCCUGGGAUUAUGAGGAGGAGCAUAGUGCUGCAUUGACUACUUGGAAGACUGUGUGUAUAUAUAGAGCGUGUGCUCUAGGGUUGUGGCGGUCAUUACAUUUUGUCAGCUGGGAAAUGUCAUGCAAAUAACUGCCGGUCUCACAGUAAUUGACCGUUAAUUACGAAACACGUUUAGCAUCUCCGGCCUUUCACGCAUAGCCUACAAGCCACUGAUGCUGACCUUUUGGAACAUCUACAUUUGAUGAAGUCUAAUAAAUAAAUUUACGCUGAACAAAAAUAUAAUUUGCUGAAUUACAGUUCAUAUAAGGUUCAGUCAAUUGAAAUAGAUAAAUUAGGCCCUAAUCUAUGGGUCUCACAUGACUGGGCAGGGGUGCAGCCCUGGCUAUGCCCAACCAUGGCUGCACCCCUGCCAAGUCAUGUGAGAUCCAUAGGUUAGGGCCUGAUUUUAAUUUCUCCACUGGGGAGCCUGGCCCUGCGAAUCAGAAUGAGUUUUUCCCCACAAAAGGGCUUUAUUACAAAGGUCUAAAGAAACACGUUGUGAAAAUGUAGUCUAUUUCAGAAGAACAUAAUAGCAUAUUCUCAGUUAUCCUUACGUUAGGCUAUGGCUCUAGUUCAUUUAGCAGACAAGAUUUGCUUAUGAUUCCAGUGGCGUUAUUUUAUAGUAAGACUAAUACAAUUGAACGGAUCAUUUGAAACAGGUCCUCCUUUAUAUUCUUUAUUUACAGUUAUUUAUGUAACUUUAGUUGUGAUUCAAACCUUAGGCUAUAUGUUCAUGAUGUGACUAACGAAGAGAGCAUAAAGCUAGCUACAUCUAUGGGCUUAUGUUUUUCUGUCGUGCGUAAUGUGCAUUAGCCUUUAUCAUAUGUUUUGGAUAACGGCACAAUCAUUUGGGCUUGCUUGGGCUCAUUAAAUGUCUUUAAUGUAGUGCUCAUAAAAUGUUUUUUAAAUGUAUGGCUCAUUUUAAAUGUUUUUUUUUUUUUAUGUAUGGCUCCUCAUGCGCAGGUAGCAUCAGACUUGAAUUUUCAAUCAAAGCUCUAAUCAAAUCCAGACAUUUAUAUGCUUUUGAAUGACCCUUCUGGUUUUGGCGGGAAAUACUGGGUUCCCGAGUGGAGCAGUGGUCUAAGGCGCUGCAUCUCAGUGCUUGAGGCGUCACUACAGACCCCCUGGUUCGAUUCCAGGCUGAAUCACAACCGGCCGUGAUUGGGAGUCCCAUAGGGCGGCGCACAAUUGGCCCAGCGUCAUCCGGGUUUGGCCGGUGUAGGCCUUCAAUGUAAAUAAGAAUUUGUUCUUAACUGACUUGCCUAGUUAAAUAAAGGUUAAACAAAAUAAAAAGACCUGGGAGUAAAGUGAUUUAUUCUUGGAAUGGAACAUUUUGUAAAAUAAAAGUAUGCACUUGAAGAGCGAAUAGAGGACUCUUUUCCUGCGGUUCAUUUUCCUGCGGUUCAUUUUCAUGCCAGCCAGGUAGGCUACUCCUGUUGUGAAGUGACGCGAUGUGCUUAAUAUUAGCAAUGUUGAGCAAUAAAUAGUAGGCUUAGCCUAUCGGCCCUAGUUUUCAUGAUUCAGCGGUCACGUGGAAUUUGACUGCGGUCAUGACUCGUGACUGUCGGUAAGACGGUCACCAUGCCAACCCUAUACUCAACCUGUUCUGUUUACUGAACCCCAAUCUCUCUUAUGAGUCUUCCCCGGGGGUACUGGUAGUAGGGCAGAACCAGCGCUCUAGAUGAGCAAAAUUUAAAGGAAUGAUUUGAGUAAAAAAAAAUAUUAAAAAACAUUUGAGUCUCACAGACCAAGUGACUUGGCAUCAUUCAUUUAUUUUAUUUUUUUAAGAAGCAACUGUUGUUAAAAGUAGACUCUAUCAUCCUGUGGUAACUAACCUGACGUUGUUUGUCCAGGGAUGAACACGCUGAUUGGGUACGACCUGGUGCCUGAGCCUAAGAUCCUGGACGCAGCCCUCAGAGCCUGCCGCAGGUUAAACGACCUGGCUAGUGCCAUCCGUAUCCUGGAGGCUGUCAAGGUGAGUUGGAGGAUGCUCCUCUGAACAGGAAAAUGGUGUCGAUCAGUGCUACGAGAACAUGUGUUGAAUGGCAACGUUUCAGCAUAACCCCUUUCUCUGACUGGCCUAGUCUUCGCUAGUCUAUCCCCUAUUCUGGCUUUUUCGUCUGGACAUGAGGUAUAUGGCAAACUCCCAAGUAUUUAAUAUUUUUUUUGUAAUCAUCAUUCUACUCCGGAAUAAGCAAAGUAUAAAAGCUAUUAUAUGUGUAUAUAUAUAUAUAUAUACAGUGGGGAAAAAAAGUAUUUAGUCAGCCACCAAUUGUGCAAGUUCUCCCACUUAAAAAGAUGAGAGAGGCCUGUAAUUUUCAUCAUAGGUACACGUCAACUAUGACAGACAAAAUGAGAAAAAAAAAUCCAGAAAAUCACAUUGUAGGAUUUUUAAUGAAUUUAUUUGCAAAUUAUGGUGGAAAAUAAGUAUUUGGUCAAUAACAAAAGUUUCUCAAUACUUUGUUAUAUACCCUUUGUUGGCAAUGACACAGGUCAAACGAUUUCUGUAAGUCUUCACAAGGUUUUCACACACUGUUGCUGGUAUUUUGGCCCAUUCCUCCAUGCAGAUCUCCUCUAGAGCAGUGAUGUUUUGGGGCUGUCGCUGGGCAACACAGACUUUCAACUCCCUCCAAAGAUUUUCUAUGGCGUUGAGAUCUGGAGACUGGCUAGGCCACUCCAGGACCUUGAAAUGCUUCUUACGAAGCCACUCCUUCGUUGCCCGGGCGGUGUGUUUGGGAUCAUUGUCAUGCUGAAAGACCCAGCCACGUUUCAUCUUCAAUGCCCUUGCUGAUGGAAGGAGUUUUUCACUCAAAAUCUCACGAUACAUGGCCCCAUUCAUUCUUUCCUUUACACGGAUCAGUCGUCCUGGUCCCUUUGCAGAACAACAGCCCCAAAGCAUGAUGCUUCCACCCCCAUGCUUCACAGUAGGUAUGGUGUUCUUUGGAUGCAACUCAGCAUUCUUUGUCCUCCAAACACGACGAGUUGAGUUUUUACCAAAAAGUUAUAUUUUGGUUUCAUCUGACCAUAUGACAUUCUCCCAAUCCUCUUCUGGAUCAUCCAAAUGCACUCUAGCAAACUUCAGACGGGCCUGGACAUGUACUGGCUUAAGCAGGGGGACACGUCUGGCACUGCAGGAUUUGAGUCCCUGGCGGCGUAGUGUGUUACUGAUGGUAGGCUUUGUUACUUUGGUCCCAGCUCUCUGCAGUUCAUUCACUAGGUCCCCCCGUGUGGUUUUGGGAUUUUUGCUCACCGUUCUUGUGAUCAUUUUGACCCCACGGGGUGAGAUCUUGCGUGGAGCCCCAGAUCGAGGGAGAUUAUCAGUGGUCUUGUAUGUCUUCCAUUUCCUAAUAAUUGCUCCCACAGUUGAUUUCUUCAAACCAAGCUGCUUACCUAUUGCACAUUCAGUCUUCCCAGCCUGGUGCAGGUCUACAAUUUUGUUUCUGGUGUCCUUUGACAGCUCUUUGGUCUUGGCCAUAGUGGAGUUUGGAGUGUGACUGUUUGAGGUUGUGGACAGGUGUCUUUUAUACUGAUAAUAAGUUCAAACAGGUGCCAUUAAUACAGGUAACGAGUGGAGGACAGAGGAGCCUCUUAAAGAAGAAGUUACAGGUCUGUGAGAGCCAGAAAUCUUGCUUGUUUGUAGGUGACCAAAUACUUAUUUUCCACCAUAAUUUGCAAAUAAAUUCAUAAAAAAUCCUACAAAGUGAUUUUCUGGAAAAUCUUUUCUCAAUUUGUCUGUCAUAGUUGACGUUUACCUAUGCUGAAAAUUACAGGCUUCUCUCAUCUUUUUAAGUGGGAGAACUUGCACAAUUGGUGGCUGACUAAAUACUUUUUUUCCCCACUGUGUAUAUAUAUGUUUUGCCACAUCAUCUGUAAUUUUUCUCAAAGCAGUUGGUUUGAUGUUCUUUCCCCAGGACAAAUCUGGCCCCCACAAAGACAUCUACCCAUACUUAAUUCAGGAGCUGCGGCCAACACUAGAUGAACUUGGUAUCUCCACACCUGAAGAGCUUGGCAUGGACAAAUUA